AUGGACGUUGCAGCCAAGCCAAAGAUAGCCAAGCCGCGCCUCGGCAGCAAUGAUAAAGAGGGCAUCCCCUUUUGUCUCAUGAAUCCCCGGGUGGCUGGUUUCUGCGACAUUGACACAUUCCACAGCAACUUCAUUAGGGUUGGUAGUCUUGGAGAAUGCCGCCGUGUCCCGACCUCGGUUGACGAGAACGGUCAAGACUGA